UUGCAACUUAAUUUGCAAUUCAUAACCAAUAAAAUAGAUAUUAAUAUUUAACCAAGAAAAGAGAGAGUAUCUUUGUGAUUGAAGAGUAAUGGAAGAUUGUCAUCCUCAAUUGAGAGGUGGAAGAAAAAAAGGGAAAGGUUACAUUCAUGGAUUAUCAACCAAUCAGAUUGAAGUAAUGGCUUCCAUGUGUGAGACCCUUUUUCCUUCCAUUCCAUUGAAUAAAGAAAAUUCUCAAGAUCAAGUUAUUUCAUCAUUCUACACAACUUCUGGUUCUCAGUUUCCACUUCCUGAUGAGGCUGCAGAGCUAUUUUUAUGGUUCAAGAAGAGUGCACCAGAAGCUAUUCCAUUGAUGAGUUGGAUUCUAUGGAUUCUGUCAUUCAAAUUAGGGACACUAUUUCUUUGUGGAACUCUUUGCUUGCAUUGGAAGUGGCCUUUUAUUCUCAAAUUUUCUGAGAUUUCUUUGGAAAAGAGAGAACAAAUUUUGAAGAAAUGGUCAAAGGAGAACCGUUGGAUACCUCUAAGGAUGGUGUUUGUGAUAAUCAAACUUGCUUUCUUCUAUAAUUUGUUCACAAGGACAGAUGUAAAUGGCCAUAAUCCAAUGUGGAAAGCAAUAGGCUACAAUGUAGACACUAGGGAAAAGUUGAAACCAAAGAAGAGGCCCCUCCAAGAAGGUGUAAUAGAAACAACUUAUGAAACCAAUUCUACCUUAAUCCAAUCCCUGAAUGAAAAAGGCGUCGAAGUCACCGAAGAUGAAGACCAGAACAUGUACAAGAUCAAAUGUGAUGUUGUCAUUGUCGGUUCCGGUUGUGGUGGAGGAGUUGCAGCUGCAAUUCUUGCAAAGUCAGGUCAUAAAGUGAUCAUCCUAGAGAAAGGAGAGUAUUUUGUUUCUCAAGAUUAUUCGUCAUUGGAACGUUCGUCCAUGAGCGAGUUAUACGAAUUAGGUGGAAUCAUGCCAACAAUUGACGGUAAAAUGUUGAUUUUGUCCGGCUCAACUGUCGGGGGAGGUUCAGCUAUAAACUGGGCUGCAUGUGUAAGAACACCAGAUUCUGUUAUGAAGGAAUGGUCUGAAAAAUAUAAACUACCUUUUUUCGCAAGCUCUGAUUAUAAAUCCGCAAUGGACGUCGUUUGCAAAAGGAUUGGCGUGACAGAUAAAUGUAACAAGGAAAGUUUUCAAAAUCAAGUUCUUCGAAAAGGUUGCGAAAGUAUCGGUUUAAAAGUUGAAUCAGUUGCAGUGAAUGCUUCAGAAGAUCAUUAUUGUGGUUCGUGCUGUUACGGUUGUAGAACAGGAGAUAAAAAAGGAACUGACACAACUUGGUUGGUUGAUGCUGUCGAAAACGGCGCAGUUAUCCUCACUGGAUGUAAAGCUGAGAAAUUCAUAUUAGAAGAUGGAAAGAAUGGAACAAAGAGAAAGAAUUGCUUAGGAGUGAUUGCUGCAACAAGUUGGAAAAGUAAGAUAACAAUGAAACUCCAAAUAGGAUCCAAAGUAACUAUUUCAUCAUGUGGAUCAUUACUUACACCUCCCCUAAUGAUUUCAAGUGGACUAAAAAAUCCGAACAUCGGAAGGAACCUUCAUCUCCAUCCGGUUCAAUUUGCUUGGGGCUAUUUCCCCGAAAACAUGACCGACUUAAGUGGUAAUAACUAUGAAGGAGGAAUCAUUACUUCUAUACACAAAGUACUUGAAGAGAAUUCCACGCCGAAAAUCAUUAUUGAAGCACCGUCUUUAGGACCGGGAUCAUUUUCGGCAUUCGUUCCAUGGCUCUCAGGAGUCGAUAUGAAAGACAGAAUGGCGAAAUAUGCAAGAACUGCUAACCUUUUUGCAUUGGUUAGAGAUAAAGGAUCAGGAGAAGUAAAAAGUGAAGGAAGAGUUUCUUAUAGACUUGAUCAAAUGGACAAAGAAAAUCUUAGAAUUGGACUAAGGAAGGCAUUAAGGAUUUUGGUUGCGGCCGGAGCUAUUGAAGUUGGAACUUAUAGGAGUGAUGGACAAAAAAUCAAAUGUAGUGGAAUCAAACAAGAAGAUUUGGAGGAGUUUCUUGAUGAUGUUGUGGUUGUCGGAGGACCGAGGUCGAGUGGUGAACUUUGGACAAUGUUUACUUCUGCACAUCAAAUGGGGAGUUGUAGAAUGAGUGACAAUGAAGAAGAGGGUGCAGUUGAUGAGAAUGGAGAAUGUUGGGAAGCAAAAGGGUUAUAUGUGUGUGAUGGAAGUGUUUUACCUAGUGCUGUUGGUGUUAACCCUAUGGUAACUAUUGAAUCUACAGCAUAUUGUAUUGCAAGUAAAAUUGCAGAAUCACUUAAAGAAAAAUUAUAGAUAGAGAUUGGUUAAUUAUAAUGAAGUUUGUAUUAUUUCAAUAGAAGAAAUUCAUUGAAAAUGUAUAUGUACUUUUCAUUUUUUUU